AUUUUAUAUCAAUUAUUGUUGUACAUAACCAAAAAAACAAACCGACUAGUUGAAUAGACUAACGAUAAACAUAAAAAUGAAGAACUUGAAAAUUCCUGUAAGGCUAAGUUGCUAAGAAUAAGUUGCUGCUUAGAAUCAGAGAAUGAUAAAGUAUUUACCAACAUAGGAAAUGUAUACAAUACACGUAACAAAGUAGAUAAGAUUUUAACGCGAGAUUUUAACAAUGCAAAAUAUAUAAACAAAAAUACAAAUAGCCCUCAUAAGAACAUAUAUCUAUUUAAUCAAAACUUGUUAAAGAAUCCUAAAAGUCCAGUAUUUAAAAAGUUAAAUAAACCUGCAAACUCUCUCUCUGUCGACACGGCUCAAACAGAUAUAUAUUUACAAAGAAAGAGGACAAUUAGUGUAAAUAGUGAUUCUGAUAUCUUCAAGUCAGAAAUAUAUAAUACAGAAAACUUUGAGGAUAUUGAUCUGUUACAUAAUUUAGAUUCUGUAAUAAAGUUCGAAGAUUGUAAAGAUAUCUUUUUAUCAACGAUGAUAAAUACCACACAAGAAGAUGACGGAGAGAUGAUUAAGGAUCCAGUGACAGAUCCUCUUUCCAUUAGUGAUUGUGAAAAAGAAGAUACCAAUAUAUUUGCAGAUUCAUGUUCAAUGUCUCGCAAAAGACGUAGAAUUAAAACAUCACAAUUUCAAAUAAAAUGGCAAGAAUCUGAAUGUCAUUUUAAGAAAGACAAACAUGAGUUGAAUAUAGAAGAAAAACGUCUUUUAAAAAAAUUGAAUAAUUUUGAAGAAUGGGAAGAAAUGCCAUUAAUUAACAUAAAGAAACUGCUAGAACUACAUAUAAAAUUAAUACAUAAAGUACCACCACAACAUAAAAUAGAGCUUUCUGGAUCUCAUGCGCCAACAAGGGAAGAGAAAAUAUUAUUCCAAAAACAUGGACCAAUUCGAAAAGGUUCAUAUAGACCUACAGAGGACAAAAUUAUCAGGAAAAACUGGAACACAUUCUGCAAGCUCCAUGACUGGGAUCCAGAGAAUCCGAAGCCAUUUCUUUAUUGGAGACACAAUGGCAGAUAUUAUAUAAACGACAUAGAAGAAAGACAAAGAUUCGUUCAAUUUUUGGCAAAUGGAUUACCUUGGCGAACUCUCUACAGUGUUUAUACUAGAUUUAAAGUAUUAUAUUGUAAUAAAAUCACUUACACUCGUUAUUCUGCUAAGGAAGAUAAAAAAAUUUUAACAUACAUAGAAAGUGAAUAUCUUGAUAAACGUUAUACCAAGUAUAGUGAAUUAGGAAAAUUACUAAGACGAACCAACCGAUCGAUUUUUAAGCGAUAUCAAUAUCUCAAAAAUCAAACUCUAGAUAAAUCAGAAAAGGAAUCGUUAGUUAACAUUAAAUGGACGUUACCACUGAUCAAAAAAUUUAUAAAAACUUUACUCAAUGUGACAAUAAGCAAAGAUAUAAAAGAACUUAAAGAUGCCACGCUUCCUAAAUCAGUGUGGGACAAAAUGGAGGAAGAACUUAACAUAAACGAGAAUGUCUUAAGAACAUUUUGGCAGCACCAAUUACACCUGCAAUUAUUCAGCACGGGUCCUAUUUAUUUAAACGACAUUAAGAUACAAUUAAUUGAAUAUAUGUAUACAAAAGGAAUAUCCAAUACUCGCGAAAUUAUAUGGCCCAAUGUUGCGCAACACUUUGAUGGAGCAACUGCGAUAUUCCUUUGCAAAAUUUUUUUUUAUCUUGUUCAAGAAUGCAAUAGAACUGAUACGGAUAAUUUCGCUGAUGUUGUGGAACACUUAUAUCAUAAUAAGAUUCCUGAAAUUCAAAAUGCAUAUACCGAUAAAUUCUUACCUAGAAUUAUCUAUGAAAAUGGAAAAAUUUCUUUGCUAAAUAUGGAAACUUGUAACAAUACUAAUUCUACCGAUAGUUGAUUUAUAUAAAAAAAAGCA